AUGAAAAGGAAUCGGACGCCAGUGUGCAGCUUGGCGCAGGUAACACGGAAUAGCGACCUUCUGCCGCGCGAGUAUCGGGCGACGCCGACUCAGUCCUUCCACCGGGACCCCCGGUCCGUCUACUGCUUCACCCACAAGGAUUUCUUCCACGCUGAAAAACGUCGACGCUCACGUGAAUUUUCACUGAAACGAUAUGAUCUGAUCCAGCUUUUGGUUGCCGCGGGUCCGGCGGCAAUUUUGGAGGACGCCCUGGCGCCACCAGCUGGCCACCCCUCUGGGACUGUUGUACCGCGGGGGUCUACUGCAUCUGAGGUCUGCAAAAUACAAAUCCCGUCGCUUCUCUCGCCUUCCUCGCCGGCGGCGGCUACAUCCCGCAGGUACCCGCCAACUCUCCCCCAGGGCGCCGUGCGCGUCUCUAUUCCCGGUACACAGACGAUUGUAUGUGAGCAGCUGCAGCCUUGCCUGCUAAUACCCACCAAACGACUGAUGUUAGUAGCAGAAGUAUUGCCAGCCGCCGCGGCCACGACCGCCUCAAUAAUAGAGUGCUACCAUCGAGCAGAAGUGUUGUCAGCCGCCCCGGCCACCGCCUCAAUAAGAGAGCAUGACGGUCGCUUGACGCUUCCGCUGCUGCUGCACUGGCGCGCGUCUCACUGUCCCUCCCUACUCUGCUGUGUUCUUCCUUCGCGCUGGCUGUGGCCGUACUCUGUUCUGCUGUUCCUUAGCGCUGUGGCCGUGGCCGCGGUGGCCGUGGACCUAUUAGUAGGCGACCUCUAUUCGCGUCGUCAGCUCGCGGACAGUCGUCACAGAUGUGCCUUUUUCCGCGACACGCUGAAACAAUCACAGUCUGCCACAGUCUCCGUGCAAAACCGAGUUGCCAUGAUCGGACGACGCCGAUUCGUGCGUCCUCCUCAUCCCCGUGCCCUCCGAGAUAAACGUCAGCGUCCGUCCUUGCGUGACGUGCAGAUAACGUUGACGUCCCUGUCGCACGUGAAAAAACACAAAUAUGAAUCCUGA